AUGUCAUCAAGCAAGACUCACAGAAAUCAAUCAAAUGUCAAGUUAAGCGGUAAAACUCUAGAUGAAUUUGAAAAGCUUUAAAACUAAAUAUUGAAAGAAGUUGACCUUAAGUAUAUGAUACAAGAUAAUCCAAGAAAUGUCAGAGAUCUGGUAUCUGCAAGUGUAAAGUAAUUAGGAAAGAGAAAUAGUUCCACUAAGAAUGGAAUGAACAGGAUUUUCCCUUCGUAUUCAAAUCCUAUGCUUAUUUAGUACAAUUCAAAUGAAGAUCUUAGAAGUGAGAUUAAAAAUGACUUGAUAGACCAUUUUGAUAGCAUUGAAAAGCUUCAGUUAAAACAGUAACAAUUGCUUGAUGAGAAUAGGCCAUUAAAUUCUAGAAACACCAACCAAUAACUAAAUGCCAAUAAGAAUUGCCCUAACUGCUAAUAUCUCAAUGAUACACCACAGGUUAACAUCAAUAUAAGCAUCAACAUAUAAAACAAUACUAAAGAUAGAAUUGAAUAGGAACAGCAUAGUACACUACUUAAGAAGCGAUAAAUCAUGACAUAAAGGAAUGAGUUGGAGGAAAGAACUGAUCAAGAUGAUAAAGAUGAAGAGUAGCGAGACUAAGUGCAUUCAAUUUUGUAAUCAGUAAAUCAAAGCAAUGGAAAACUUUAAUUAAUACCAUUUAAGGCAUACAGCUCAGAAACCUAAAUUAGUAAGCCAAACUAAAAUACAUCUACCAAUAUAAUGCAAUCAUAAAAUUCCAAUGCGAAUUUACUAUUUGAGAAUAGCCAAAUUCAACAUUUUCACUCAGAAAUCACAAUACCUAAUUCUCGACAUACACCCAAAAGAAUCAGAUCUAAAUCCUUUUUCGACGAGAGUUAAGCAAAAAGAAACUGGCUUAAGAUUUCUAAUGCAAUAAAAGGUAUUAAUUUGCUCAGGAGAAAUAUUGUCAAGACUCUAUAGGACCCUGAUGAGAUAGUUGAAGAUAUAAAGAAUUCUCCAAGAAGGAGAAGAACUUCUUAACUCGCUUCAUUAACAUCAAUAAAUCUAACAAGAACUGUAUUAGAUGAUAGGAGAAAUUAAGAAAGAUUUUUUGACCUGAUAGAGGCUGGUGGGGAAAAAAAUCUAAAGAAAAUCUAGCAAGAAAUUGAUGAAGAUCCAAAAAGGUAUAUCUAUGAUGUUAAAGAUCCCUGUCAUCUUAUUAAUAAACAUAAUAGAAUGUAUCAAACUCCACUCUAUGUUGCAUGUAGAAAUGGGAAUUUAGGAGUGGUACAAUUGCUUAUAAAUCAAUAAGCAGAUCCUCAUUUAAAGAGUUAAAUUGAUAAGAGAGAGUGGGAAUCAAUCCUCUAAGUUACAGCUCGUUGGAAUCAUUAUAAACUUUACGAAUACCUUUUGAGUAAUAUAAAAUGGACCAAAUAAGAAAUUAAGGAAGUUUUGAAAACUGGCGGUUCAAAAUUUGAAAUGCUCAAUGAGGUUUAAAUCGCUGAAAUCAGAGAGGUCUUCACUUUAUUCGAUAAAAAUUCUGAUGGUUAUGUUAACACCAAUGAACUAGGGACUAUUGUUAGAGGUCUUAACUUAAACCCAACUGAAGCUGAGGUAGUUGAAAUGAUGAGAGAUGUUGAUCCUAAUAAUACUGGAAGUUUCGAUCAAAAUUCUUUGAUAUCAUUAAUUGCAAGAAAGGGGAAAAGUAAUGAGACUCUUGAAGAAAUGAUUGACAUGCUGAAAGUUUUGGUUGACCCAUCUGAUGAUAAAGAAAAAGAAAAGAUGAAGCUGUCAGUGGAGUAGUUUAAGUUUAGCAUGAUGAAUCUAGGAGAAAAGAUGCUAGAACAUUAGAUAGAAGAGAUCUUAACAGAUAGUGAUCUAGUAUUUGAAGACUCUAUUUUGAUUGAUGAGUUUGCAAAAUACAUUAUGAGUAGAUGA